AUGUCGAACGGACGUGUACCGCAGUUGUUCGGUCUGAAGGAGCGCAGAGCUGGACAAGCUCUCCGUAAGGUUGAGUCGCUGGACAUGGAGCGACAAGACCUCGAAGCACAGGUCAAGGUUGCCUCUUCGGUAGAUUUUUCUCGAAAAACAGGCAACGAACCGGUCAAAGGCACUGAACAUGCUCCCGAGUCGCAAGCAUCUACGGCGGCGAGCGCGCCCAAUCGACAACGUUUCCCAGCGUCGAGCUCCCAGAACAGUCUCCCGGAUACGGAGAAGGGCGAGAGCGGGCGACUACACCCGCGGCGUCACAGACAUGUACCCUAUCACAAGCACCCGUUGGUUGUUGAGAUGCUCCGAGCUGCGGCGUCGAGCGACUCACCGUACCCGCGCCACGCAGCCUACGACUACGUUCGGGUUCUGCCGCGUCUCGAUCCUGCAGAGGAAGCUAUUGUCGUGAUAUUGGGGAAAAAUGUACCAUAUCAUCAGUACGAGAGGGAAAUAUCGUUGCGUUUUAUCUUAUUUGUUCUUCAUGUUGUUGCGUUAUCGCAACGCGAGAAGUAUCGCCUGGUUUACGUGCAUCGACAAGAUUCAGGUGUGAGUGGCCCAGGAUUGCUCUGGUUGUUGCGUUCGUUUCGAAGGAUGCCCCGGCGUGCACAUCGGCUCUUGUCAUGUCUCGUGGUCGUGAAUGCGGGUUUGCAACUGCACCUUUCCCGCUGGACCAUCUUACCAUUCAUAGAUUUCCGCAUGUGGCGAAGGCUGCGCUUUGGCGGAGUUCUUGACGAUCUUCGUCUCGAAGAUCACCCGCAUAUCAUGCCUUUAUUGCAGUUCCCGAAGCGGAAACAACGUGAAAGGAUAUUUUCUUUCAAGAGUUUGUCACCAAGAAGUCUGGAUACUAGACGUUCGCCAGAAGCGGAAGCGGAAGUGGAAUUGGUAGCGAAUCAUCGUGUCUCGGCCCCAGAUGGAAAUGCGGCGAUACAACCCAGCUCAGAAUUGAGCGCAUUGCCGGAGGCAUCACAUCCAUCGGGAACGACAGCAAUAGCGUCUGCUGCCUGA